AUGCCGAGGUCUGCUCCUCUGCUGAGCGCCUUUGCUACAACUCAACCCGGACACGAGUCCAAUGGCUGCCCUCUGCCUCGUACCACCGAGGCUAAGCAGUGCUACCACUGCCAGGGCCUUGGCCACGUUCAGGCCGACUGCCCGACUCUUCGCUUGAGCGGUGCUGGUACUAGUGGUCGCUGCUACAACUGCGGCCAGCCUGGUCAUCUCGCCCGAACCUGCCCUACCCCAGCUGGUGUUGGCCUGGGUCGUGGUGCUCCAGUUCCCCGCGGCGGAUACGGUGGCUUUGCACGAGGCGGCUUCGCCGGCGGUCCGCGCCCCGCAACCUGCUACAAGUGUGGAGGACCUAACCACUUUGCGCGCGACUGCCAGGCUCAAGCCAUGAAGUGCUACGCCUGCGGCAAGCUUGGCCACAUUUCUCGCGAUUGCACCGCGCCCAACGGUGGACCGCUCAACACCGCUGGCAAGACCUGCUACCAAUGCGGCGAGGCUGGUCACAUUUCGCGUGACUGCCCGCAGAAGGUCGCCAACGGCGAGAUUCCUAACGAUGUUGUCGACCUCAACACUGCGGCCAACUUGGUACCGCCUGUCGCUCCAUUGGCUCCCGUUGCCUAA